CUGGGCCGGGAUUGGGAAACCGGGGACUCAGGACAAGAUAGGAGUUCCCGGGGCACUGCCUAGAGAGGAGGCGCGAUGGGCUGCGGACCUUCCCAGCAAGCAGGGGACCGGAGCCAGAGCCGCGUGCCCUCACCCAGGAAGGGCUGGGAAGAGGGAUCCAAGGCUAGUGACAGAGUGACUUCUUCCAAAGAGAACUGCAGCCCCAAAACGGAAGCUGCAUGGCCCAAGGACACUGAAGACAACGCUGAAAAUCUAGACCAGCAAACCCAGAUGGGAAGCCUGCCUGGGACUAUUCCAGAAAGCUCUCCACCUCCUAGUGAAAUAAACGGAAGAGUAAAUUCAGACCCAGUUGCGAAUGCGAUAAUCAAUAAACCCCAACUCCUGGAAAGUCGGGAACGACCAAAGUCAUCAGACAUCCUGGAAGAGUUAAUUGUCCAAGGAAUUAUCCAAAGCCGAAGCAAAGUAUUUAGAGAUGGAGAGUCGUACGACGUCAUGGUAGACACGACUGAGAAGUCACUGAGAAAGCCGCCGGCCAGACUGAAAAAACUUAAGGUGAAGAAAGAGGUAAAAGAUUUCACAAUCCAAGACAUAGAGGAAAAGAUGCAGGCCGCUGAGGAGCGCCGAAAGACCAAAAAAGAAGAAAUAAGAAAACGGCUACGGAGUGACCGGCUCCUGUCCGCCGCCAACUCUUCAGAUGCAGCUGAACCGGAAAGGGCAGAGGCUCUGUUUGCAGGUCUCCCAGGUGUGAGCACCCCUGCUUCGCAGAGGUCCUACACACAGGAAGGAGAGCCACACAAAAGGAAGAAAAGUGGAAGAGAUGUGGCCCAGAUGAAUAGGGUUGACUCCUAUGCAGGUUUGGGGACUGUGGAGUCAGACAUGUAUUACAACCGAGAGGACGACAUAUUCUAAUAGCUCAUUUUCAAAACGAAUCUCACCAAGGGGUCCGUUCCUUCCCAUUGCAACAGUCUUAGUGUGACUCGUGGUCUUCAGGAAGUGACUGUGGCUCUACUCGUUGACAUUGCUGCCCUGGGUUUAGGGCUCAUCGUGGGAACAGCAAGGGGAUGAGUUUCUGUUGAGUGAAUUAAAGGCUAUACUUACCCAGGAGGGAUGGGGUAUCACAAGGUUGCUGUUCUCCUUCAGAGUGCCUUCCAGCAUUAGCUAGAGGUCUUAGAUUAGGAAGUCCUGGCCAGCUUCCAUGACUAUGCUCGUGCCAAAAGAAAUUCUUCCUUUCACUGGACUUGGCCACACCCACUGAUGAGUCCUU